GCUGAUCUGCUUAAUUGGGUCCUGCCAACUGACGUGAGGCGUUAACGACACCGGUUUACCUGCCAGUUCUUUUUUUUUUCUUUUUUUUUUUUUUUUACCUGGGAGCUCUGCUAACGUUGAAGCAAUGUCGGAUAAAACGGAGGUUAACCUGACCGGAGUCAAACAGAGUAAAGGCGUGUGGCUUGUAAAGGUUCCCAAGUAUUUAUCUCAGCAAUGGGACAAGGCCACGGAAAAGGGAGAGGUUGGAAAGAUAACCAUUGGAAAGAAGCAAGGCAAAACAGAGGUACGUUUCAGCCUGAAUGCGGAGCUGAGUGCGCUGGGCGCAGUGGGGGAGAAGGAUGGAUCACUGCAGGUCCCAAGGGAUCAUCCGUUCACAAUGCACACAGUGGGCGGACAGACCAUGGCUGUCUUCAGCCAGAACGACACAGAUGAAAUCAGUCUGGAGGGGAUGGUGGUGCACAGAGCUGAAUGCAGACCGGUCGUCAAUGACAACUACAUGAAGCUGAAGAAGCUGCAGAUUAAAGAGUCAACCAAGCCUCAGCGUUUGUCGCAGCGGCUAGAGCGAGCCGUCACUGUCUUCAAGCCUGUGGCCAACCACGAUUUCAAUAUGGAGUAUGAGAAGAAGAAGAAGACGGAGGGGAAGAUGGUGAGGGCUGAGCGGCAGCUCGUGUUGGACAUGCUCUUCUCUGCCUUUGAGAAGCACCAGUAUUACAACAUUAAGGACCUCGUGGACAUCACCAGACAACCUGUGACCUACCUGAAAGACAUCAUGAGGGAAAUCGGGACGUACAACAGCAAGGGAGCCCACAAAAGCACCUGGGAACUGAAGCCAGAGUACCGACACUACCAGUCGGCUGAGGAAGAGGAGGAGAUGGAGGCCGCCUAGUUCCAGCAAGAGCCUCUGAGCCUGUUCACUGAUGUGUGUGCCUCAUCGUGUGGAGCAAAAAAUGCUGCCACCUGACCUUUCAGCUGGUUGAUAUUUGUCAGGAAUUCAGGAAAUACUCUUUACCAGACAUGCAGGUAGUAUGUUUCUUGGCUGUGUGGAAGUGGAAGGUGGAAAAAAAAAAAACACAAAAAAAUCUAAAAUGCUGACGUGUAAAAUGUAGAAGGCCAAAGCAAUGGUAGGAAGAUGAUGAAUGUUUAGGUUUUUUUUUUUUUUUGCAUCUGUCUUUGAAACAUUGUGUGGCUGAACUGUAUGACUGUAGAGUCAACUGUUGUGCCUAUUUAAUUUGUAUGACGGGACAGUUAUGUGACAGCAGUCCGUCCAUCUUGAACUUUUUACGUGUUUUCUGAAUAAAUCUUGCUGAACCUUGA